GACGGCAGAACGUCUCGCACCGGAGCGAUGGCAUCAGGCGCUGAGUCGGGGCUGAUUCAUGUGAAGGUGCUAGACACGCUGGGUACUCUCGACAGAGAGAUUUAUCAGUAUCUGCAGAAAAAAUCACCAAAGAAAGCUAUAAAUGUCGCCCGCGGUGUGAACAAAACGGCUGCCAAGGACGUAAAUCCAAAUCUGUAUAAAAUGAAGAAACUCGGUCUUCUUCAUUGCGAAGAUCAAACGAAGCUCUGGAGCAUCAGUAACGGGACAGCAUCAGACAUGCCAAACGGGAAAAUAUGUAACACAGCAAUGGCAGACGUGGAAGAAUCCAACACGCAGGAGAAAAUACUCGCAAUUCUAAGCAAAAAAAACCCACAAAGAGCGCUUUCAAUAGCCCAGGAGUUGAAGAAAUCUUCCGCCAAAGACGUGAAUCCGAUUUUGUAUAAAAUGAAGGACAUGAAGCUGCUCGAUCACGACUCGGACACCAAACUCUGGUCAAUUAAAUCGGAGGAGGAUGCAGCUCCCCGGCGGACAGACGACCCGACAGCAACUGAGUCGCCAAAGAAGUGUAAGUUAUUAUUACCAAUCUUUGGUGUUUUUGGAAGAUGGCUGACCUGCAAUAGAAUCUAA